AAAACCAGAGUCAGAGCCAGCCAGAGAGAGAUUUCACAUUUCUGCUCCGCCUUGGAUUGCGGAUUCUCCCUAUCUGAAGAAGAAUACUUGACGUUCUCUCUCUUUCUCUCUCACAUUUUCCCUCGCUUCCCUUCCUCUUUUAUUUUUCUUUCCGAUUGCCAAUGUCGUCCGGUGGGCCCACAAACUCUUCCAACAAUAGCCCAAGGAACCCGACGGCGGGCCUUACGGCUACCCGACGACGCUUGGACGCCGUUGAUAGAGCCUCCAAUUUUUCUGAAGAUGAGGAGGACAACGUUAACGGCUCUUCCGCUGGGCCACACCACCAUUGUCACAAUCACCAUCAUAAUCAUCAUCAUCCGGUGAUCAAGUAUUUGUUGUUACGGAGGAAGUGGUUGUUGUUUAUGCCCGAGGCGUGGUUGUUUGGGAUCGAGGAAGGGUGCCGGUGGACUGUCUCGAUGGCUCAGAGCCUGAGAUCGGGGAGGAACGUGGGCCGCAAGAUCUUCGCGGCGUUGAUGCUGAUGGCGGUUGUAUCGGUGUUCGUGAAGUUUUCGUUGUUGAGUGGACACGUGGAGGUUCACGGUAAGCGGUCAGAUAAUGGGUUGUUGAUCUUACAGACGUUCAAGGAAGAUUGGGCUUUGGCUCAACGCGUUAUGGACGAGAAAAUGGCUUUCAGGCCCAAGCAUGUUCUAGAAAAGUUACCUAUUCCAGAGAUUUGGCUGAAGCCAAAUAGUGACAAUUACUAUCAAUGCAUAGCUCCGCCUAGGAAUCGAAUAAGGCCUGGGAAGAAAACAAAUGGCUAUCUUAUUGUUCAUGCCAAUGGUGGAUUGAAUCAGAUGAGAACAGGAAUAUGUGAUAUGGUGGCUGUUGCUAAGAUAAUGAAUGCCACACUGGUUCUCCCUUUAUUAGAUCACGAGUCCUUCUGGACCGAUCCUAGCAAUUUCAAAGAUAUUUUUGACUGGAGACACUUCAUCGAAGUUCUGAAGGAUGAUAUUCAAAUUGUUGAGUAUUUGCCGCCUAAAUAUGCAGCUUUGACUCCUCUUGAGAAGGCGCCUGUUUCCUGGUCUAAGGCUAGUUAUUACAGACAUGAGAUGGUCCCUUUGUUGAAGAAACACAAGGUGAUAAAGUUUACCCACACCGAUUCUCGGCUGGCUAAUAAUGGGAUUGCGGCCUCCAUCCAGAGACUAAGAUGCCGCGCCAAUUAUGAAGCUCUUCGUUAUUCCAAGGAGAUUGAGGACCUUGGAAAAGUUUUGAUCAAUAGAUUAAGGAUAAAUUAUGAUCGUUAUAUUGCUCUGCAUUUGAGAUAUGAGAAGGACAUGCUUGCAUUCACUGGCUGCAGCCAUAACCUUACUGCAAAGGAGGCUGAGGAGCUUAGAAUUAUGAGGUAUAGUGUGAAACAUUGGAAGGAGAAAGAAAUAGACAGUGAGGAGCGGCGUCAACAAGGGGGGUGCCCUAUGUCACCUAGAGAAGCGGCUAUGUUCCUCAAGGCCAUGGGUUACCCUUCAACUACAGCUAUCUACAUAGUUGCCGGGGAGAUAUAUGGAAGCAGUAGUAUGGCAGCCUUCCGAUCUGAGUUUCCAAACGUCUUCUCUCAUUCUACUCUGGCAACUGAAGAAGAAUUGGAGCCCUUUAAGCCAUACCAGAAUCGCCUUGCUGCAUUAGAUUAUAUUGUUGCGCGUGACAGUGAUGUUUUCAUAUAUACAUAUGAUGGGAAUAUGGCUAAAGCAGUGCAAGGGCACAGGAGAUUUGAAGGAUUUCGGAAGACGGUUAAUCCAGACAGAUUCAAUUUUGUUAGACUGAUUGAUCAGUUGGACGAGGGUUCUUCUUCAUGGGAAGAAUUCUCUUCAGAUGUUAAGAAGUUGCAUUCAGACAGGCUCGGAGCACCGUACCUUAGACUGGUGGGAGAGACACCAAGGCUAGAGGAAAAUUUUUAUGCAAAUCCUCUUCCUGGGUGUGUGUGUAACAGGUCUCAGGAGCAAAUCAGUAGACUCAAAUUUGAGCAGAGACGGAGUCUACGGGUGGCAUCACAGAGAUAGGAACUAGUUAGGGAGAAUAUCUGGCUUUAUACUUUGGGAUUCUUUGACAACCAUUGCUUAAUUUAGUGGUGGUUGAGAUGGGUUCUUGAAUUUGUCUGCAUUUUGCCAUGAAGAAGAGUACAGAAGCUGCCGCUGGUCGACAAGUUUCAAGGUUUCUCCAAAUGGUUUGACAUACACAAGUUUCACUUUUGUUGUACAAAAAUAGAGAACCCAAUCGGCAGUUGCAAAGGUUACCACUUAAAAUUGUGGGGCAGAUCGGAUUAGUUACACAGGACUACAGAAGCAAAGAAUACUUGUUUUCAAGUUGUAUAUUUCAUUUAUUCAUUAUUUUUUUCAUAAUUUGGCUAUGUGCACGCACGCCUAUCCUGAUCCUGCUCAUCCUCAUCCUGUCCACCACGAGAGCCUUGUGCACGAACUUUGUUUAUCAUUUUGAAUUUGGACGUCCAAAUCAAUUGCUGAUCAUCUGAAUGUAGUAUCUAAUAGCAAAAAGUUACCCACAUGUUCCCAGCAAA